CCCGCCCGCUCGCGUCGCCGGAGAUGGGCUUUCGCAGCCGCGCUUGCUGGUGUUGCUGCUGCCGCUGCCGCCGUUGCACCCGCCGCCGCCGCCGGAAAACCUCGCGCCGUCAGGCGAAGCACUGAAGAAAGAAAGGAAGGAAGAAAAAAAAGAGAGAGAGAGAAAGAAAGAGAGAGAGAGAGAGACGGCCCGGAGGGGGCUAAAGCCACAACUCCGCCGCCCUUUGGACCCAAAAAAAAGAGAGCGAGGGACCCCCUGAAAGUGAAGCAAGAGAGCCCCCCCCCCCCAGAAAGGAAGGCGAGACAGCCGGAGGGGAGGUUUGGAAAGCAACACUUGCGCCUCGCAAGCCGACAGCCGACAGCCGAGAGGCAGGUGUUCUGUGCUGGCGCUCGGGCAAAGCUCGCCCGGACUAGUGGCCGCCGUCGACCGAAGGAGCGAGCAAGGCAAAGGCGACGCCGGCGGACAAGUCUUCACCCCCCCCACCCCAAAGCUUGGGAAGCGGAUCGGGUUGUCCUGGGUUGAGCCGCCGCCGUCUUUCUUUCGUCCCCCCCCUCUUCCAUCUCCCCUCUCCGCCCCGAAGUGGUGGGACUUAGCCAGACGUAUUUCCCCCCCCCCUUCUCUCCUUCGAGCCGCGAAGCGAAACAACCCCGUAAGUCCGGCUUUGGAGCGUGAUUCUUCUUGAAGAGAGAACACGAUGGAACCAUUCCAAAGCCAAAUGAAACACGGAUGCCAACAGGCCUCUUUGAAGAUAAUAAAUUCCAAUGGAGGGUGUUUCUACCGCCUAAGCAUUCUCUCUUUAUGUUUAAAUUGGUCUAAAAACACGAUGGAACACUAAGUAAAUCUUCGUUGCUGCAGGAUGAAUCGGAUGACUACAAUCUGGAAGGAAGCAGAAUAAUUGUGUCUUGUCUUCUUCAGUGGUGAUUUGCUUAGUGUGUGGAACAAUGCCAGAAGGACUAGCAGAAAUGCUUAUGGAUACAUGGGCUCCGUUAGUAAUAUUAUGGAUUACUGCAUUUCCAUCUAUAUACAUGGCUCCAAUCAAUCAUUCUCAAGUACUACCCAGUAGGUCCAGUAGAGGACUAAGUGAACUCAAUGAAGAACAAAGAGUGUUGAACCGUUCGAAGAGAGGCUGGGUAUGGAAUCAAAUGUUUGUGUUAGAAGAAUUUUCCGGACCUGAACCUAUAUUAGUUGGACGGCUACACACGGACAUGGAUCCAGGAAGCAGUAAGAUCAAGUACAUCUUGUCAGGUGAUGGUGCUGGGACUAUCUUCGUGAUCAAUGACAAGACAGGUGACAUCCAUGCCAUGAAAAGACUUGACCGAGAAGAAAAAGCAGAGUACACGUUGACUGCUCAAGCAGUAGAUAGGGAUACAAACAAACCACUGGAGCCUCCUUCGGAAUUCAUCAUUAAGGUCCAAGACAUUAAUGACAAUCCACCAGAAUUUGUAGAUGGCCCCUAUCAUGCGACUGUUCCAGAAAUGUCUCUUGUAGGUACUUACGUUACUAAAGUGACAGCCACCGAUGCAGAUGAUCCUGUUUAUGGAAACAGUGCUAAGCUAGUCUACAGUAUUUUGGAAGGACAACCUUAUUUUUCAGUUGAGCCACACACAGCUAUCAUCAAAACGGCUCUUUCAAACAUGGACCGGGAAGCCAAAGAGGAAUAUACCGUGGUCAUCCAAGCAAAGGAUAUGGGUGGACACAUGGGUGGACUCUCUGGAACCACCACAGUGACUAUUACUUUGACUGAUGUCAACGACAAUGCUCCAAAGUUUGCACAAAGUUUGUAUCAUUUCACAGUUUUGGAAGACAUUGCUGUCGGCGAUGCGAUAGGAAGGGUUAAAGCGAAUGACCUGGACAUCGGUGAGAAUGCGAAGUCAUCCUAUGACAUUAUUGAAGGAGAUGGAAUGGAUAUCUUUGAGAUCACCUCUGACUCUCAGAGUCAGGAAGGCAUUAUUAGAUUAAGAAAGCCCUUGGAUUUUGAGACCAAAAAUUCAUAUACGCUGAAGGUAGAAGCAAGCAAUAUGUAUAUUGAUCCACGUUUCAUCAGCAUGGGACCCUUCAAAGAUACGGCAACAUUAAAAAUUGUAGUGGAAGAUGCUGAUGAACCCCCAGUCUUUUCAUCACCAACGUAUCUACUGGAAGUGCAUGAAAAUGCUGCAAUUAACUCCGUGAUUGGUCAGGUGACCGCCCAUGAUCCAGAUGGAUCUUCAAGCUCUAUAAGGUUUUCCAUCGAUCGGAACACUGACCUUGAGAGACAAUUCAACAUUAAUACUCAAGAUGGAAAGAUAACAUUGGCCACACCGCUGGACAGAGAAACUAGCACAUGGCAUAAUAUAACCAUUGUAGCAAUGGAAGAAAGAAAUCCUAGUCAAAUAUCUCGAGUACCUGUUGCUAUCAAAGUUCUUGAUGUAAAUGACAACGCUCCAGAACUUGUAUCCGGGAAUGAAGCCUAUUUAUGCGAAAAUGGAAAAACUGGAAAAGUCAUUCAUACCAUGAGAGUAAUUGACAAGGAUGAUCCCAAAAAUGGACACUAUUUUGUUUAUAACCUUCCAUCUGAAAUGGCCAACAACCCUAAUUUUACAAUUAAGGAAAAUGAAGAUAACACUUUCAACAUUUUGACCAAACGCAACGGAUUCAGCCGGCAGAAACAAGAAGUCUAUUUUUUACCUAUCAUCAUCAGUGACAGCGGGAAUCCUCCAAUGAGUAGCACCAGUACUCUUACCAUUAAAGUCUGUGGCUGCAGCAAUGACGGCAUUGCCCAGUCCUGCAAUGCUGAAGCUUAUGUUCUCCCUAUUGGUCUCAGCAUGGGUGCUUUAAUAGCAAUUCUGGCCUGCAUCAUUUUGCUUUUAGUCAUUGUGGUGCUUUUCGUAACAUUAAGGAGACAUAAGAACGAGCCUCUGAUUAUCAAAGACGACGAAGACGUGAGAGAAAACAUCAUCCGGUAUGAUGACGAAGGAGGUGGCGAAGAGGACACCGAAGCGUUCGACAUUGCGACGUUGCAGAAUCCAGACGGAAUAAAUGGAUUUUUACCCCGUAAGGAUAUUAAACCUGAUCUUCAAUUUAUGCCCAGGCAGGGCCUGGCACCCGUCCCUAAUGGAGUUGACGUUGAUGAAUUUAUCAACGUUAGACUCCACGAGGCUGAUAAUGACCCCACAGCUCCUCCGUAUGACUCAAUCCAGAUAUAUGGUUAUGAGGGAAAAGGAUCGGUGGCUGGUUCCCUAAGUUCUUUAGAGUCAUCAACUUCAGACUCAGAUCAAAAUUUUGACUACCUCAGUGAAUGGGGACCCCGUUUUAAAAGACUUGGGGAAUUAUAUUCAGUGGGGGAAAGUGACAAAGAAACUUGACAGUGGAUUACAAAGGUUCACUUUUUUCUUUUUCCCAGUCUUGACUUAAAACUUCUCAUGUAAUAUUCUAGGGCCACCACAGUUCAUUAUGACUAACGUGGCUUUUUGUUUAGGGGGCAACUUUAGCACCAGUCAUCUUUUAAAAUCAACUACAUUGUAAUGUUGAACCAAAAAAAAAAAAAGAAAAGUACAUAAAUCUCAAAAUAAUAAUAAUAAUAAUAUAUGUUAGGAGGUCUGAGUCUCGUGGAGUGUGGCGUUAAGUAUGUAGAGUGUCUAGAAGUCUUUGGAUAUUCUAUAUUCACAUGACCACUCUGAAGAAUGGGUUCUAGAGCUUUGAUCGUCUUUGGCAACGGGAAUCAGUAAUGGAAUGGAGAAGGUCUUUCGCUUCCUAAUGGACUUCUGUAGGACUUUUUCAUUUGGUAAAGAAGAUUAUCUUCUGAGAGUCCAUUAAGAACAAAGGGUUUAGUCUCCCCACUACCCACCAAGUUUUCAUGAGGGAAAAAAGGAAAAAAAAAACAUAAAAAUUUAAAGCAAUAUCUGUCGUCUUUCCAAUGCUGAUUUUUUUUCUUCUUCUUAAAGACAGGAUUGAUAAAAACAAAAACAAAAAAAAAACCUUUUGGCCUCAACUGUUCAAUGACUCAAAGUUGUACAUAGGAUAAUUGUUGGCUGCAAAAAAAAAAAAAAAACACCACCACAGACCGAACAAUAACAUCUUUAAAUAUUGUGUCAAGCCUUAAAAAUAUUCACAUGUUCUUAAUCCAUUCCAGGGACAGGAUUCAAAAUCCACAGUUGUGGGGAGGAAAUCUGACAAUAUGGAUUGUUUUCUAGAAGGAUUGAUCCUUUUUUUUCUUUUGACUUUCAUAAGGGGAAAAAAAAAGGAGAGGAAUCAGUGAAGGAGGAUGGACUCACAUAUAUGAAACUGAAGCUGGUUUUAUUGCUGAAGAAUGCAUUUAUUUGUUUAAUCCUUGAAAUAAAUAUUUUAUUGAUGUCCAUUACUGCUUUUAUUUAUUAAGGUUGGGUUUUUGGAAGUGUAUAAGGAAAAAAGUAGAACCAUCUAAAGUAUUGUAUUCCAUCCACUGACAAAAGUUUUAGAGUGAUUUCUUCUAUAUAUAGUGAAUGUUAUUUGAAACAUGCUUUUUCAAAAACAAAACACAAGGAUUGUUAGCUGUAGAGGAGUAAAAAAAUGAAUGCUAGCAAGUGAAAAAAAAGUAUGUCCCUAGAGGAAAUUAACUUUGGAUGUUUUUAUAUUUAUAUCAUAAACCUACUAACUAUGUUCAAUACAAGCACAAACAGCUGGAAGUAAACCAGUUCAUGUGAAUAUUAAAACAAACAAACAAAAAAUGACUCUAAAUUUUAAAAAUUCCACACAAAAUACCAUAAGGUUUUUCUGCUGUGCUAGAAAAGGAUCCAGUGUGUAUAUAUAUAUAUUUUCUGCUAAUGUUCUUAGCUUUUAUUUCUUUUUUUCCUUAGAAUAUUCAUAGUUCUGUAUGAAAAUCUUGUUCAGAGAAAACCACCUAUGGAAGCUGUCAGCAUCCUCAAUUUGUAAUGGAAACUUUAUCAUUUAGAAGUAGCGUCUGUAUAAUAAAAUUAAAUGGUAUAUAAAAAUCAUUUUACUUUUUUUCCCUAUUUCUGUUUGGAAGCUUUCUUUUUUUAAAAAAAAAUCUCAAUGUAUUGUAUUCAGAAAAAGAAAAGGGAAAAAAAACAAAGCAAAAUACUUGUAAUGUUUCCUACUUUAUGGAAAUAUAUUUUUUUAUAAAUACCUUCUUUGUGAUCACGGUUUCUUUUGGUGUUGCCUGCAUCUUGCAGAGAGUUGUAAUUUCUUUUAAAGGCUUUUUUUUUUAAAGUAAUAAGUACAUUAUGUGGAUAUCAGACAAUAUAUGAAUUUCCUGCCCUGCAAGUAGAAGUAGAAUGACUUCCACGAAAGAAAUCAAAGAGGGAAUUUGAAUACCAGCCGCAUUGACAAAAUCACCAUCGGUCAAUUGCAAAAGGCAGCUUUACUUGGAAUACCUUACAUCUUGUAACAAUGCCUUUAAGAUUGUUAAAACAACAACAGUUGCUUGUGCCAGGUCCUUGAGAAGGGCUCGAUAGGUGGACAAAUGGCAAAUCCAGUCUAAACAACUGACUUACUCUGUGAUCGACUGUAAUAAUAAAAGAUGCAGAAAUGAA